AUGUCUGACAGUGAUCAGAAGCCCUAUUUCAUCAAAACCACUAAGACAAUUGAAAAUAACAUAAGCAAAGUGUUUGAUGAGAAGCUCUGGGAACUUGAUUCAGUCCCUGAAGAAGAGAGGCUUGUUGUUGCCAAUGGUGGUUUAGAUAAUGGUGUGAGUAGAAACCAACUGCUCCUGGUUUUAGAGAAAUGUGGACUGGUGGAUGCUCUCUUAAUGCCACCUUACAAGCCCUACUCAUUUGAAAGAUACAAAACUACAGAAGAAUCUAAGAAAGCCUAUGUUACUCUCAAUGGGAAAGAAAUAGUGGAUGAUUUAGGACAAAAGAUGAUUCUGUAUUUGAAAUUUGUGGAAAAAGCACAAUGGAAGGAGUUGGGGCCUCAAGGCUUACCACUAGGCCUCACAGUAGUAGAAGAAAUAAUUUCUAUUGAGGAUGAGAAAAUUCUUUUGGAAAGUGUUGAUCAAACAAAAGAUACAGACCAUCAAAAUUUUCAAAAAUGCUUAAAACACAGAAGAGUAAAGCAUUUUAGUUAUGAGUUCCACUGUAAGAAAAACAAUGUAAAUAAAGAUAAGCCUUUGCCUAGGGGUCUUCCUGAUGUUUGUGAUAGCUUUUUGGAGAAAUGGUUGAGGGAGGGUUACAUUAAACAUAAACCUGAACAAUUGACCAUAAAUCAAUAUGAACCUGGGCAUGACUGCUAUGGAUUUUAA